GUUCAGCGUUGUUCUUGUUGAUCUUCAGUAGGUGUUGUUCGAACCACAAGUCCACGAUGGUGUUGUGAGGCCGCAUGUGCCGGGAAGUGUAGGUGAAGGCAGCAAGCCCGGAAUUGGCGACAAUCCAAUAUGCUCCGCUCACUCCAGUCCCGCGGUACGGUGUUUGGACGCGCACCACGCGUGCUCGGUUCCUGCAGGAGAUGCUCGAACAAUUCACCUGACGAUGAAGUUGUUCUCAAGGGCUGGGCAAAGAGUGUACGUCUCCACGGCAAGCUGGUGUUUGCACACAUCUCAGACGGACUGUCACCGGAGCCCAUGCAGGUCGUCAUGCACAAGAAACUGCUUCCCAAAACCGGCGACGUGUGGUCAAAGCUAAACACGCAUAUAAGCUUUGAAGUUGGCGGCAAGAUUGUGGAUAGCAUAGGGCCUGACCAGGACAAGGAGAUGAGUGCGAGUUCAUUCAAAGCGCAUGGUUUCUGCAAGUUGGAUGACAUGCCGGUAAGUAUCAUGACCCGCAAUCAACCGUUGCACCAGCUCCCUUCUCACCUGCGAGCCAAGGACUUUCGCUUUCAGGCAGUCUUGCGCAUGCGACACCACGCCCGCCGAUCUGCACAGAAGUUCUUUGAUGAUCGUAAUUUUAUCUACAUUGACACACCGACCCUGACUCCCAAUGACUGUGAAGGCGGUGGUCAAGUCUUCCAAGUAGAGAGUGGCAGGCGGUCGUGGCUGGCACCUUGCCCCGGGACCCAGGCACCCUCGACCCGGGACCAAGCACCCAGAUUGCGCCCGUUCCACCCAUCAGUGGAGCCUCAAGACACGCCACCUCCAGCCCGGGGAGUGUCAGUGAAACCGCGCGCAACCCGCUUCUCAACUCAAACCACUACUGGACUGUCUCAUUACCGUGUGACAACACCCAACCUGCACGGUCUGAAGCCUAUGACGUCAUCAUUACAUCAUCAGAUGAGCCGGCGCUUCUCCACUACAGCGUGCAAGCAUCCAGCAGCAGUCACAGCAACAGAAGCGGUAGCCCCACCAUUGGAACCGUCCGCAGCACAUCGUUCUCGCAGUACACCAACACCACGACCACCACUGGAUACAUUGCUGCCGGGACAUGGACAUCGGGGUUUUGCCAAGCACCGUGCAAGAGACAGGAAAUGCAGUGCAACUGCUGUUACCGCUAUGCCGACACCCACUGCACACACGCCGUCAGCAAUUCUCAGUGACAAGAUGGAUUCCUUCUCGUAUGUUGUUGGAAAGGCCGUGCCCAGUUCGUUGUUAGCGGCACCGUUUGCUACAAGCAGAACUCAGUUACCGGUCAUUGAAGACACAGAUUCUGGAGGUAAUGACGUUGAUAAUUUUGUCUCUUCCGCCCUGCUUUCAUUGGAGGUCCAAGGCAACAUGACACUCUCUCUCCGGCGUAAGAUGCGUCGUUGGAUGCAAGGUAUGGCUAAGCAGGAUCUCAUGAAGCUGACGAAAGACGUGCCGGGAGAAACGUCUUCUUCCCUUGCUAUUUUUGAUAAUUUUGUGUCAGCGGUCUUGCCUGUACUGGCUGGUCACUCCGAUGUGCUGAAUGAAAUGAAAAUGGAACUUCUUCGCUUGAAGUGGAAGCAACGGUUUUAUGACCGUAUGAAGCGCGCAAGCACCAGCACACCGUCAGCAACGGUUGAUGUGCCUACGAAUGCAGCUGAUUACAAAGUGUUUGCGCUUCCCUUGGCCGCGCGAUCUGUGCACGGUCGUGCAUCUGUGCAUCUGCCUCCGUCGGCCAGCAGCUCUGGCAUGACAGCGUCAAGUGCUGGUGUUGUGCGUACGCCUGUUCCUGUCUCUAGCAGAGCUAGCGCUGGUGCUGUGCACACGCCUGUUCCUGUCUCUAGCAGAGCUAGCGCUGGUGCUGUGCACACGCCUGUUCCUGUCUCUAGCAGAGCUAGUGCUGGUGCUGUGCGCACGCCUGUUCCUGCCUCUAGCAGAGCUAGCGCUGGUGCUGUGCGCACGCCUGUUCCUGCCUCUAGCAGAGCUAGUGCUGGUGCUGUGCGCACGCCUGUUCCUGCCUCUAGCAGAGCUAAUGCUGGUGUCAUGCGCACGCCUGUUCCUGUCUCUAGCAGAGCUAGUGCUGGUGCUGUGCAUACGCCUGUUCCUGCCUCUAGCAGGGCUAGUGCUGGUGCCGCUCGUCUGCAUGUUGAUAAGUCCUGCGUGACCUGGACAGCAGCAGCCAUGUCGCCCUCUUUGACCGUGGUGGGAGCACGCCGCCCUGUGGCAACGCGACGCACUGAUGAGGGCAAUGGCAGUGCUCUGCUCGAGUUGACCUCUGCUCCAGCAUGGACACCACCACCGCCAAGGAGAUUGUCUGGCAUUAUGCCGAAGUACGAUAUUGGGACUGGUGUACGAGUAUCGGCUAGACAGGACACGCCAGCUGCCUUGAAUGAGUGCUACGUGGAUAACUUUGUGUCUGCUGCCUUGCCGGAGUGUGCAGCUCACCCUCAUCUACUCAAACGUCUUCAUCGCAAGCUGUUUCAAUGGAGGCUGCACCGGGCUGCUAAAGCAGCAGAUCAGAGAGGCUGGGGGAACAUUCACCCUUGUGCUCUGCCGCCAGCUGUUCCCGAUAACAUGAGUGCUGUUGGUCACAAACCUGACCAUGCCGUUGCAUUAGCUGCCCAAGCUACAGACCUCGUGCAUCGUCAGCUAGCCGCGGUGCCUCUUACAGGUGCCGUGACUAAUUGGCCUGCGGUUACUGAUAGUCGAUAUGCUGCACCUGCUAGUCCAUAUAGUGCACCUGCUACUCGACAUUCUGCACCUGCUGGCGGAUAUAGUGCAUCUGCUAGUCGACAUUCUGCACCUGCUGGCGGAUAUAGUGCACCUGCUAGUCGACAUCCUGCACCUGCUAGCGGAUAUAGUGCAUCUGCUACUCGACAUGCUGCACCUGCUGGCGGAUAUACUUCACCUGCUACUCGACAUGCUGCACCUGCUAGCGGAUAUAGUGCAUCUGCUACUCGACAUGCUGCACCUGCUAGCGGAUAUAGUGCACCUGGUACUCGACAUGCUGCACCUGCUAGUCGACAUGUUGCACCUGCUAGCGCAUAUAGUGCACCUGUUUCUCGACAUAUUGCACCUGCUAGCGGAUAUAGCGCACCUGCUAGUCCAUAUGGUGGUGCACCUGGCACACCUUAUCCUAUUAGUCAGCCGCCAGUUAGCCGUCCAUAUGUGGCGGCAAAGGCUAAGAUCAGCAUCCCACCUGCUUCUAGCAAUGUGCAAGCCACCAACACAUCAACUGCUAGAACAACUAAUGCAACAACUGUGUUCGAGUGUGCUCCAAGCACUAAUCUGCUGAAGAAUUGCGAAUCAAAGUCACCAACAUGGAGCGCCUGGGCCAAAUCCGUCCAUGUGGGCACUAUUGACCAAGGUGUUGAUAACUUUGUCUCCACUGCUUUGUCCCAAGCUGCUGCAAGUCCUCGCCUACUGAAAUCAGUCGCUGUGGAGUCCAUUCGUAACAAUCAAGAGAGCACUGUUUCUGUUUCCCUUUUGCCGAAGACAUCCCAAAUGAAGCCAUCGACAUCUCAGGCUUGGGCCAAGUCCGUCCACGUGGGCUCUAUCGAUCAAGACAUUGAUAACUUUGUGUCAACUGCGUUGUCCGAAGUUGCCGCACAUCCACAAUUGCUGAAAUCCAUUGAUAUGAAGUCCUUCCGUGAUUCUUAUAGCAUUCAGGAGAGAGUUGUGUCUGAUUCCAAAUUGCCAACGGAGUCAUCUGCACUUCAGACGUGGUCCAAAUCUGUCCAUGUGGGCACUAUUGACCAAGAUGUUGAUAACUUUGUGUCUACUGCCUUGUCCCAAGCUGCUGCAAGUCCUCGCCUACUGAAAUCAGUCGCUGUGGAGUCCAUUCGUAGCAAUCAAGAGAGCACUGUUUCUGCUUCUCGUUUGCCGAACACACCCCAAAUGAAGCCAUCAACAUCUCAGGCAUGGGCCAAGUCCGUCCACGUGGGCUCUAUCGAUCAAGACAUUGAUAACUUUGUGUCAACUGCGUUGUCCGAAGUUGCCGUACAUCCACAAUUGCUGAAAUCCAUUGAUAUGAAGUCCUUCCGUGAUGCUUAUAGCAUUCAGGAGAGAUUUUUGUCUGAUUCUAAAUUGCCAACGGAGUCAUCUGCACUUCAGACGUGGUCCAAAUCUGUCCAUGUGGGCACUAUUGACAAAGAUGUUGAUAACUUUGUGUCUACUGCCUUGUCCCAAGCUGCUGCAAGUCCUCGCCUACUGAAAUCAGUUGAUGUGGAGUCCAGUCAUAGCAAUCAAGAGAGCACUGUUUCUGCUUCUCGUUUGCCGAAGACAUCCCAAAUGAAGCCAUCGACAUCUCAGGCUUGGGCCAAGUCCGUCCACGUGGGCUCUAUCGAUCAAGACAUUGAUAACUUUGUGUCAACUGCGUUGUCCGAAGUUGCCGCACAUCCACAAUUGCUGAAAUCCAUUGAUAUGAAGUCCUUCCGUGAUUCUUAUAGCAUUCAGGAGAGAGUUGUGUCUGAUUCUAAAUUGCCAACGGAGUCAUCUGCACUUCAGACGUGGUCCAAAUCUGUCCAUGUGGGCACUAUUGACCAAGAUGUUGAUAACUUUGUGUCUACUGCCUUGUCCCAAGCUGCUGCAAGUCCUCGCCUACUGAAAUCAGUCGAUGUGGAGUCCAGUCGUAGCAAUCAAGAGAGCACUGUUUCUGCUUCUCGUUUGCCGAAGACAUCCCAAAUGAAGCCAUCGACAUCUCAGGCUUGGGCCAAGUCCGUCCACGUGGGCUCUAUAGAUCAAGACAUUGAUAACUUUGUGUCAACCGCGUUGUCCGAAGUUGCUGCACAUCCACAAUUGCUGAAAUCCAUCAAGACACAGUCACUUGGUCUUGGGAUGGGCAACACCACCACAGCAGCAGCAGUAGCAGCAGAAACAGCAGGGAUUGCGAUAUCAAAGCGGCAAGGUUUGGACGGUAGGAAGCAGAUCCAUCCCAGUGCCGAUUCUGCAGGUGCUGUUGGAACCGCCCAGGCUGACAGUGCUCGCGUUGAAGAGAUCAAGCGUGUGCAGGGUACAACAUUUGUUUCGAGUGAUGUUGUUCACCUUGGCGAGGUGUUGGGUUUGUCCGCACCUGCGCCCAAAACUGUCUCCAAGGCCCGCCGUACGCGUUCCUCGAAAGUUGAACAGGCCGAGAGUGUGCUAGGUGAACAAGACCCUGUGCCUGUGUCAUCCCCUACUAGUGUUGUCGUCCCGCAGCAUACACAGCCAUCUCAACGCGCCCAGAUCGGUAGCGUGCAGCAGGAUAAGCAAGGUGCGUCGUCGCUGAGCCACGCCACCGGACUCGCUUCCAGCCCCGUGCCACAUGGUCAUAGCGCCGCGCCUGCCAGUGUAGCGUCAAUGUGCACUGCUCUCCUCUCGGAGGCCGAGCUAGAGCAGGCUGACGACAUAGAUGCAGGAGAGUGUGUACAUCGAGGACUGCGCACUACCACCACUGGCCAAACACGACCACCGCCACUGCUGCUAGAGUCUGCAGCCAAGCUAGCGCCAACGCCUGCUGACCCGCAGCCAUCGCGCGUUGCUGGCCAGCAAAGUCAUGUUAUUGAUAAGCCUGGAGCAGACGCCACCACCACCACUACCACCGCUGCUGGCUCAGCUAGUAUACCGAGAACACGAUACGAGCGUCCGAGGAACAUUGCACAGAGGGGUAUUUACCUUCUUUGGCAGAAGUUGUCCAGCGUGCUCCCGGCAUGGCCUAGAGAUGUGUUUAGAGCACAAGGUCAUGAUGUUCACCGCUCUGUGUCCAGUAAGGGUCGGGAUCGCUCUGUGUCCAGUAAGGGUCGGGAUCGCGGAGUGCCAGUCACCACCACGACCAAUGCUGCUGCUGCUGCUGCUUUUGCGGCUGAGACGUAUCACUCCCAGCGUUCUGCGGUUCAGUCCAUCCCUGUUCUCACUGAUGCCACGCUAGCGUCCACUGCCGACCUACAACCUGCUUCGUUUCAACCUAGCUCCGCGUUGAGUCCUGUGGCAGAUGCCAGCACGCAGCAAGCUUCGCUUCAGCCCAAGUCUAGUCUGGGUGUUGUCGAGGAACUGUUCUCUUCCGAGCCACCCACACUGCCAGAGUUCAUCGUGGAACCGUACGUGGAUGAUCUUACUGUGCCAUUCGAGGACGAGACCGUCCUUGCGCUGUUUGCUGACGGCGACGACACGUUUGUCUCGAGCGCCUUCCAGCAGCUCGUCAGAGAGCUUGAUGCACUGCCAGUGCUGCAUUCCGCUGUUGAGCAAGCGUCCGCUUUGUCACGGGCAACAGAAGCAGCAGCUGCUGCUGCUGCUGCUGCUACAGAAACCGGCAAGAAAGCAAGAAAGAAGAAACAUGCCGCCGGGUUUGUUGGUAGCACAGCGGCGGCGCUCCCGUUGGUGGAGCGAGAAACGGUUGGCGGUGUGGUGCGUGACGCCAGGCAGCAGCUUGACGACGGUGACGACGUGCACGAUGCCGAGGACAACUUUGUGUUGACAGCGCUGUACGACCUGCGACACGACCUGCUCACCAACCCGCCCAAGCUGUCGUCUCGCCUGCGCACCGAUCACGUCCUGUCUCUCUGGCAGUGUGGAGUGGUCAUCGGCGAGCAAGAAGCCCGCAUCGUGGACCAGCUCACCCGCAGCCAGUCUCUGUCGCCGUUGUGGAUGCGCUAUCGCCAGGAGCGCAUCACCGCGUCCAACUUCGGAGUCGUGUGCCGCCGCAAGAGCACGCACGCGCCCGCCUCGCUCCUCUCCUGCAUACUGGGACGCAACGUGAACAAUGUGCCGUUGGAACGGUUCGACGGCUGGGCCAUGCAGUGGGGCAAGGACAACGAGCACUUGGCCAUUCGCAGGUACGAGCAGCUCUUUAAGCGCACGGUGCGUCCAUCCGGCCUCGUCAUCAACCCGGCGCUCUGCUGGCUCGGUGCCAGUCCUGACGGCCUGGUGUCGGAUUUCAACGAGAGCGCUGGCCACCGUGGCCUGGUGGAGGUCAAGUGUCCGUACAAGUACCGGCAUCAGCGCAUCGAGAACGUCUGCACCGACAAGCUGCAGAGCCUGGAGAUGGUCAACGGAGUGCCGACCUUGAAACGCAACCAUCAGUACUACUACCAGAUCAUGGGCCAGCUGGCCGUCACCGAACGCCAGUGGUGCGACUAUAUCGUGUUCACGCGCCGCGACAUUCACGUCGAGCGCAUCUACUUCGACGAGGCGUUCUGGAGCGAAAUGCUGGCGACACUGACCAAUUUCUUCUUUAAUCACAUUGUCGAGCGCCUGCCCUAUUGUGAGCACAUGCCCGAUUGUGAUGAUGCCACAAUUGACGACGACAGCACAGAGCAACAGGAAGGCGAGCUCUGCACGCGCGGUACGCUGUGCCGCUAAUUUCCAACGCCAUCAUCUUAUUUGCUUGUAAGCUCUGCUAGGAAUUGACAUGGCAAUGUGUCCACGCUGUCUCCAAGCCGGUCGCAAGAACGGCCAUGCAUUUAGAUUGUCGCUGGACGACAAAUUAAGUUCUGGAAAACUGGUACUAGCUCACUGGUCUACUGACAGAAGCAACGCCAGUUUGACAUUUUUUUAAAGUGAUCUAUCCUUUCCUCUCCAUCCACUGAUUUAGGUAUGCCACAGGCCGUUCUUUUUUCUUUUUCUUUUUUGGGUUUGUAGUCCAGCUGGUCUCCAAAAUUCCUUCCUGAAUCCGUUUUUAUUCAUUGAACUUAUUUAUUUGUGUGUUAUUUAUAUUAGGAUAUGAUGGUUCCACACAUGUUAGGGGUGAUGGAUUUCUUUAGUGUUCUUUUUGAAAUUUAAGUAGCUUAUCUUAUGGCUGCAGGUCGGCCCGACUAAUGUCAGUUAUCGAGAGCAAUCUCUCUCUCUCUCUCUCUCUCUCUCUCUCUCUCUCUCUCUCUCUCUCUCUCUCUCUCUCUCUCUCUCUCUCUCUCUCUCUCUCUCUCUCUCUCUCUCUCUCUCUCUCUCUCUCUCUCUCUCUCUCUCUCUCUCUCUCUCUCUCUCUCUCUCUCUCUCUCUCUCUCUCUCUCUCUAUUUUCUUUCUUUCUUUCUUUCUCUGCUUGUGUGUUUCUACAUGUAUGUCACCCUCUGUCUGAGAAUACCAAAAGAUGCAGUUUUUCCGUCUGCGUGUGGUCACGCCAUGUAGAGUCGAGCCGUUUUGGAUUCAUAAUUUUUUAGUUUGCCUGUGUUUAUUUGCUAACAAUCAUCUCACUUGUCAGGCUCAGUUUCGGCUUUGCGUACCUCUUAACCCUGUUCCGCUUGAUUAAUCUUUGUCGCCUGUA